AGGCUCUGCGGCGUGUUAGGCACGUGACCACAAGUAAGAUGGCGGCGCCCAGACGAGGCACGCAGAAAAGUGACUCUGAUAGCAGUGACGAGGAUCUUGACCGGUUCCGUGAAGCUGCUUGGGUACCACCAGGUGCUCAUCAAAAGGUGUCAGAUGAGCAGAAUGAAAAAAUAGCUCUCCCAAGCCUUCGGGUGAGACCAGACUGCCAUGAGCAUGAUGGGAAUGAGCUGCAGACCACCCCUGAAUUCCGUUCUCAUGUUGCAAAAAAACUUGCAGCCAUUUUAGACAGCUCCAUCAGAGAGGUUUCACAAAACGAAGCUGUGCAUAUAAGUAAAGCAGGAAAUGGUGACAGCGAAGAUGAAGGUUUCCGCUUGUUCCGUACAUCUCUUCCUGGGGAAGCUGGAAUUGUAACAUCUACAAUUCCCAGAAGAAAAUUGGCUUCUUCUAGCAGUGAGGACAGUGAGGAGGAGCAGCAGAGGUGUCGGGAGGCAGCAGUCUCAGCUUGUGACAUUCUCAGACACAGUACACUGCAGCAGGAGCCCCAGAGUACACCAUCCAAUGUCUGUGACAAUCAGCCACCCAAAAAGAAAAGGAAGAAGAAAAAGAAAGACAGAGGAGAUACAUCUCAGAUUAAUUCAGUGGAGGAGACGAUGCACAUAGAACCUGGAAAGAAUGAGCUACAGGCAAAAAGAAAAAAGAAGAAGAAACAGAAGUUGGAAAUGGCACAUUGUGAUGAACUGGGGAAUGAAUAGUGGGGAAAUUAAACCUUCAUUCUUGCAAAAUCCAUUCAUUUGCCAAGGAGGUCGUGUUCCUAAGAAACCUGCACUCUUAUUAUUUUGUGAGUAAAUUAUAUCAGCGGUUAUCCAGUUCACAUCUGGCAGUGUAUCUUGCCCUUACACAUGGCAAAAGUUUGUGUCCUGUGCUUUGAGGCAGGUUGCUGUGUUGAUCAGGGAAAAGUAAAGCAGUGGUACUAAUUGAUACCCAACUUAUUCUUCCAAGGUCAUUAAGGGAGAGAAGACAUUUAGCAAUUUAAAUCCACCACUCAACCCUAGACAUAUACGUGGCAGCUGAUCACAGUUUUGCUUUGUCCAAUACAUUCUGUCUCACUGUGAGGAAGAUGCCAUUUGGGUGGAUAUGAAACUGUCAAUGGUGUUGUGUGAAGGAGAUAACAGGUGACUGUGGUUCUCUGGAGAACUUGAAUUGUGAUAGUGUAUCAAGCUGGCCGAGGACACUGUUGGAUAAAUAAAAAGAUAAUCACAUCAUACUUCAUUUCCUUACAACUGAUCAGUCUGUGUUUCUCCCAGUGGGAACUGAUCUAUAUAUUUGCAUUCUUUUAUAUUAUGGAUGUUUUUAGUCCCUGAAUGUACUGUACUAUUAUGUUUUCCUGCAAAGACAUCUAUAUAACUCUUUCACUCUCGGCUAAUGUUCACCUUAUCAUCUGAAGGCAGUCAUAAGCUUGCAAAAUAUAUGUAACAUCUUUGUAUAUGUUCUUUGUGAAAGGUAUAGUGAAAAAGAGAAUAUCUUACAGUAAAUAUUUUUGCAUUUCGAUCAGUAA